AUGGCUGCAACUUGCGAAUUCAACGACGUAGAGUUAGAAAUCGAACAACAAAUUAUCAUUGGCGGCACAUCCUCAAAGAUUCGGCGUAAACACGCGUUGAGAGACCCGAAAUUCGACUUGAAAGGCAUGUUAUUAGAAGGGCGAAGAGAUGAGCAAAGUUCCUAUCAGAUUAAGGACAUUGAGUCAAAAGAGUCAACCAAGGUAUAUACAAACAAACUCGAUGGGAAAUCAGCGAAAACCGAAGCGAAAACAUGUCGCUAUUGCGGGCGUGAAUAUCCGCACGUAGGACAAUGCCCUGCGAAGGGUCAGACAUGCCAUAUAUGUGGCAAAGUAAAUCAUUUUGCAGGGGUAUGCAAAAGUAAGCCGAAAGCACCGAAACAGAAUACUAGAAAACAACACAAAGGUCGGGGAAAAGCUCUAAAUCCUUUAAACCACGACGAAACGGACAAUUCUGAUGAGGAUUAUUUAUAUACGGUAAACAAAGAUCAAGCAAAUACCGCUAAAGUCAAGGUCAAAGUGGGCGGAGCGUCUUUUAUGAUGACACUUGAUACUGGGGCAACAAUUAAUGUCAUCGAUGAACAAACAUUUUCGAAAAUGGACGGUGUUAAGUUAAAGCAGACAAAUACUAAAGCAUUUCGGUAUAAUACAACACAACCUGUAAAAUUCCUUGGAAAAUUCGAGGCAGUUGUGGAAACACGCAAGCGGUUAUCUGUGGCCAUGUUCUAUGUAGUAAAAGGCCAAAAUAGUGGAAAACUUUUGUCUCUGGCUACAGCUCAAGACCUUGGACAACGAAAAGAUGACAACCUGGACAAACAACGAAAGAUGACAACCUGGACAAAAUCCUUGGAAAACAUACUAAAGUAUUUCACGGACUGGGCAAAUUAA